AUGAAUAACAACACAUCCCUUCCUUCUCAACAGUAUUACUCCCAAGAAGUGUCAGAAUUGCCAAUGGAUAGCUCCCAGCAACAACACGUCACUUCACCACAAUCUCAACACUUGGACUCUGCAAACUUUACUAAUCAGUUGAUAAAGAUCGAGAAUGAAUCUCAAUCCGGUGAGACCUCACCAGUAACAAAGGAGGCUGAUACAAAGAAAAAGAGAGCUGGUCCUAAAAGAAGAAAAGUUACUCACGCCUGUGUAUAUUGUAGGCGAUCUCAUAUGACGUGUGACGAUGGUCGUCCUUGUCAACGUUGCAUAAAGAGAAGCAUAGGACAUCUUUGUCACGAUGAGCCAAAAGGUUCUCACGGUCCUCAACAAGUGGGUGGCGGAAAUAAUGCUGUGCCAGCUAAUCUCAUAACAAUGCAAUCUGUUCCUCAAGUUUUGAGAACGACACCUAAUUACCCCAACUUUCAAGAUUUCACACAACUUGCGUGUUCGACGUUACCUACUCCCCUUACUUUUGCCAGCGAACAUACGGGUCAUGAAUUCACCGUGCUUACUAAUUUUUUGGAGAGUGUGGAUGGCAGUCAACAGAAUCAGAACAAUAAUAACGGUCCGUCGGUAGAUACCACCGAAAAGUUUCUUUUAACCGCAGCAGAUCCAUCAGAUGGUACAUCAGAAGACCGAUUAACCCAAGUAAUUAACGCAAAGUAUGAAGCUGGAUUCUUGAAACCAUAUAAUUAUGUUAAUGGCUACGCUCGCUUGGCACAAUAUAUGGAAAAUCAUAUGUCUAAUCUAAGUAGACAACGAAUUUUGAAUUCACUAAGUAUUUUUCGUCCUUCCUUCCGUAACGUUGCACUAUCAUUAACGGAUAUUGAUCUUGUUGUGGUUGAAGGAGUAUUUGAACGUCUUUUAUUGGAUUACGAUAGAGUAUUUAGCGCUAUGGGUAUUCCGGCAUGUUUAUGGCGCAGAACAGGAGAGAUAUAUAAGGGCAAUAAAGAAUUCGCUUCUCUUGUAGGUGUGCAUGUAGACAUGUUAAGAGAGGGACGCCUGUGUAUAUACGAGUUGAUGAUGGAAGAAUCAGCUGUAAAUUAUUGGGAGAAAUAUGGAAAUAUAGCUUUUGACGCAGGCCAAAAGGCUGUAUUGACAUCAUGCUUGUUGAAGGGACCAGAUCAAGAUAUUCAAAAUGUUACAUCGUGUUGCUUUUCAUUCACAAUUCGCCGUGAUAAGUACAACAUGUAUGUACUGUAA